GGGAGAGUGAUCUCGCGAUAUUUCUGCCUUGGAGACAAGAACGCUUACACUGGAAACAGAAAGCAACAAGAUAAAGUUCCUCAUGGAAGAAACCGAAUCAGUGUGGAAUAUUAUCGUGGAGCAUGUCCCAGAGUCAGAGCUCUCAGAGAUCCGGGUCCUUCUUGGAGAUGCUCUGAUUGACAUAUACACAGAGAUGUAUUCAGAGGUCACUAUGUGGCAGCAGAUUUGGCAGACGUUGCGCCUUAAACAGGGUAACAGGCCAAAGGCCCCUCGCUGCCCCCUGGCGGACCCCCCUGCUAUCAAGGAGCUGCUGAAAGCUGAGAUCCAACUGCUGCUGGCCACCGUGAGAGAGAGAGCAGCCCAGGAGGGCAGGGAUGCAGACGCAGACUUGUUCCGGUACAGUCCUAGUGUGGUGAAUUAUGCCUUGGGUGUCCCGAGCAACCGUUGCGACACUGUGAAUAGUAGGCCUACCUCUAGUGGAAUACAGUUGAGCCAGAGUCAACAUGUAGGAAGGUCCUGUUCACAGAGCUCAGUCACUUCUACUACCAACCACGAUGACAUUGAUGCCAUGAAACACAUGCUGAACAUCACCCACAUAGACGACAUUGUGGCCCACCUCAAAUCAGUCCUGUCAGAAGAAUGCAAUGUGCUGAAAAGCCAAGUUCAGUUUCUGCAGGAGAGUGUGGAACAGGAGCACCAGACACAGCAUGAUGUCACUGAGGCUCCAGAGCCCACUGUAACAGAGCUUAAGGAGGAGAGGAGAGCCAUCCAGAUGGAUAUGAAAAGGCAGAGCCUCAGCCUCACCCACUGUCCCUCCUCCUCCCCUGUGGAAACAAGCCUGCAGAUCAGAUCCAGGUCGACAGGAUGGACAGGUUUUCCUGCAGAUGAGACACAGAGACACUUGAUCCCUGUGGUGGUCACCAGACCCCAUCCUCCCCAUACCAAGCCACCUCUAGUAACAUCUCUAGUAAGGAGUACUCCUCUAUUAGACAGGAUGAGAGGCCAGCCACGUAGCUCACCCAACACCAGAGAACCCAGCCCUCUCCAACCGUCUAAAUAUGAACAGCUAAGGACUUACAGCCAGAGCUCUGAGGCUUCCCACACCUGCAACAGAGGACCCACCACCACCACCCAAGACAGGGACAGCUACCUACCACCCCUGGUCCUCUCUGCCAGUACAGUAACCAGCCUUGAACCCUACCUUAAUCCUCCCUCAGAAGAGAGAGUAAAGGGCAGAACUUGCAGGCGUAGUGGUCAGACUGUGACUGAGGGAGCUCAAAGACAUGAUGACUCAUGGUCAGACUCAGUGAACAGCUGGCCCUCUUUAUCCUCUGGUGGACACUGUCCUCUAGGCUCCUCCACACAGCCUCCUGGGAGCAAAAGGAGCUGUGAGCAGAUGAGCCCCGUAAGGAUGUUCCACCCUGCUCCUCCCGCCAUGCAGAGGCCAGCCAGUAGAGGGCAGAGUGUGGCCAGGAACAUGUGUCUGCCACAGCGGGACAGCCAGGUCAGCUCCUUGUGAACUGAACUCUUUACUACAGAAGAAGAUACACAGGCAGCCCAAUUCAGAUUGUUUUUUUGACCAAUCAGAUCUGAAAAAGAUCUGAUGUGAUUGGUCAAAAGACCGAUUUAGUGGGAAACGUAUCAUUAUUGUGCUGCUUGUAUCAAGGCAACCUCUGAUACUGUAAUAUAUGUUCUAGCUGCAGUCUGGUCAAUGUAUGUCACUCCUAAAAUGAGAUAUCCUCACAAACAUGUAUCUUAUCACAGGUCAAUAGUACUCAUACUUGUAAAAGGGAUGUCGUAAUCUCUUGAGAAUGAGUGCUGGCAUUGGCUAGUCUUCCACAAUGAGACAAGAGGCACAGGGAUGUUAUAUGGUGAUUUUCAAGAGACUGGUAGAAGACCUGAAAGAGAACAAGACAAUAUGGUUGAAUGCUUUUGAAAUGAUUAAACAUUUGAUCUACAUAUUCAACCAUUUAAUGAAUGCAUUUUGAAUAAAUAUGAAUGUAUUUGGAUAAAUGUUCAUAUGUCUCUAAUACAUGUUUUAUUACGGUUCUGCUUUCUCCAAUCUAACGAAAGUGAUUACCUGUUCAGAAAGAGAACACUGCAUGCUGUGUAAUCUAGAUGGGACAUAAACCACACUUGAGUGAUCUUUAAAAUAGAUUUUAUUUACCAUUUGUAAUUGAACAGUUUACGAUAUACAGCUGACAUGACUAAGACAAUUCAAUGGAUUUUGGCCCCAAGGUACAAGAGACAUGGUUAGAUAUAUAUGAUAAAGUACCAGUACUGUGUUCAUUUCAUUUGUGCUUUAUUCUCCCUCAUGAUAGAAUUUACAUUGGCAUAACAUGUCUACUCUGACAGUGACAACAGUUUACUCAGACCAUUGUAAAGCCUUAUUUCUAAAUGGAAGUUUGUAUUAUUAGAUAUGUUAAAAACACAUGACUUGAUUUAAAGUGCUGAAACAACUUGUACAAAAUUCAGACAUCUCUGUGAUUGUAGUGAAUCACAGAGCAGAUAAAUCAGUUUUAGUACAGUAAAAGCCUACUAUGUGUUUUCAGAAUUGCUAACAUGUAUUCAUUUCUUACAUUCCAUAUAUAGAAGACUUUUACUACAGUGAUUUCAAUAUGAGUUGAUGAACAAUUUGUUUCUAUUACAAUGUCACAAAUAUAUGAAUAUUCAUUCAAUGUGUCCUUUUACACUACCUGCUUAGGUUGAUCAUUUUAAUGAUAGGGUCUCACCAAAUGAUAAAAUGCCAAGCUAAUGAAAUAAUAAUCCCAAAAAGGAAGAAUAAGAUGAAAACAAAAUCACCCUUUCAUACAUAGUUCCCCAAUACAUUGAUAUUUUGAUCUUAUGUCAUGUAUUGCAUUUACAAUGUUAUCUAGUCUUUUAUUCAGAUCCCCAUUAGCUGAAGCAGCAGCUACUCUUCCUGGGGCCCGAGCUAUGUUGCUGAUUAUGCUGUUUGAUUUGAUUUUAUUUAUUUGCCACAUAAUGCUCGUAAACUACUCCUCUACCAAAUUGAAAAGGCCAGUCUGUUUACACAAAAAAUGUACAGCACAGUCGCUAUAUUGUAAACAGAUGUGACUGCAGUACAGUACCACAGUGUUCACUUAAUACUGUUGGCAUUAUUGCUAUGUAAAAUAGAUUAACACUUAUUAUGUACCGUCUCCAACAGUCAUGUAGCUGCAGACAUGUCAUGUACCUCCAACAGAACAUACUGGUAAAUGCAUUCCUUUUGAAUUUCAAGUUUCAACCCAAACUUUUUUUCGGCAAUACUUUUGACAUCAGCUGGCUUUUAGAACAAGAUAAAGGUAGUGUCACUGGACAUGGAUGAUAAAUUGUGAUGAUAAAAUACAUGUUUUUUUUUUUUGUACAAAAACAAAAGGUUUUAAAUAGGUAGUUUGUGUUUUGUUAGAUGAAAAAAUGGAUUGUUAAUGAUUGAUUAGAAUUACAUGACAUCAAUACUGACACUAUCGUGGUCUAAACAUAGUAGUUAUCAGUAGGGUAUCCACUACACAUAAAUACAUAUUACACUAAACACUGGCUAAUUAUACUAUAAGAAAAUAAAAAUACACCCAAAUAAAAACACACAAACACCAGUCCUCUGAUAGAGGAAGAAUUCCGGGGAUAGCAGAGACCAAAGGGUUGCAAUAGCAUGGUGGUUAUCCUAACUUACUACUAUUAUAAAGAAGAGGACUACAAGUCAACAGUUCAACAAGAAGAAUAAAUAAAAGUCCUAGAGGACUCCCUAGCCUCAGCCGGCAUGUCGAGAAUAAUUCUGUUAUCAAAUGAAGUCACCAGGGUCAUUAUAUACUAACCCACUUUAGCUCAUUUACACCUGUCAACUUCUUAUUACCAAAAUGAUAUGUAUCCAUAGUGUUUCUAACUUUUCAAGACACACACAUCAGCAACAUCAUUAUUAAUAUCCUGUGCUAUCGUCAUUCUAGGAACACUACUACUCUGCUUUAUAACAGAUUCAGUAGUGUGGCUGUACUGUGCUUCUGUCAUCAUCAUAGGA